GGCAGUACCGGAAGCUGCAGGCGGAGCUGAGCAGGAGGCUGGUCGAGGGUCUGCGUGGUGAAGCCCAGGUAUAGGAGACGCAGGCAUGCUGCGUCCCAAGGCUUUGACCCAGGUGCUAAGCCAGGCCAACACUGGAGGUGUCCAGAGCACCUUGCUGCUGAAUAACGAAGGAUCUCUGCUGGCCUACUCUGGUUACGGGGAUACCGACGCCCGGGUCACCGCAGCCAUCGCCAGUAACAUCUGGGCGGCUUACGACCGAAACGGGAACCAAGCGUUUAAUGAAGACAAUCUCAAAUUCAUCCUAAUGGACUGCAUGGAUCCCUUGAAGAAAGAGGGGCUAAGGGUGCCAAGCAGAACAUCCCAUCCUGUGAUAUUACCCCUCCAGGAGGGCCGCGUAGCCAUCACUCGAGUGGCCAACCUUCUGCUGUGUAUGUAUGCCAAGGAGACUGUUGGCUUCGGAAUGCUCAAGGCAAAGGCCCAGGCCUUGGUGCAGUACCUGGAGGAGCCCCUCACCCAGGUAGCAGCAUCAUAAUGGGCACUGGUGGAAGUAGGGGGCCAGACCAGAGAGAUGACCAUUUGGAUGGGUGAGGACCCCUGAAGAAACCUUCCUGGACUGUGGGGAAGGGUGGGACUUUGUUUUUUUCCAAGAAUAAAUUUCACUUCUGUCUUUA